AUGGUGCUCACUUUGUGUGCAGCUGGGUGGCAGAUCCUCUUUGCUCUGAUGCUGCUGCUCUAUUUAGGCUUUGGUGAAACCUCCUCCGUAGUGAACAUGCGUAGGAUCACCCAUCCUACAGUACAACAAACACUGGCAGGCAAAGCUGUCCUCCCCUGUGUUUUCACCCUCCAGACCAGCUCUUCUAGCCAGCCUCCUCACCUCCUGUGGACUCGCACCAGGCUGCCAGCAGGAGGACAAGGUGCUCCUCUGGAGCAGAUUGUGCUUUCAGCUAAAGGUGAUGUAAUCAAGGUGAAUAAGGCUUUCAGUGGCCGCGUCGUGCUGCCAGGAUACACUGCCAAUCCUCUGAACGCUACCAUGGAGAUCUCCAGUCUCCGUACCAACGACUCAGGCACUUACCACUGUCAGGUUGUCAUGGGUAACGACUAUGAGAGAGACACUGUGCCUCUGGUGGUCUCUGGUGUGGUGUUUCACUACCAGGCUCCCAGCGCCCGUUACGCCCUCUCAUUUGCCGACGCGCAGCGGGCCUGCCAGGAAAACUCAGCUCAGAUCGCCUCACCGGCCCAACUGUGGGCAGCGUACUAUGACGGCUUCACCAGUUGUGCAGCAGGCUGGUUGGAUGAUCAGACUGUCCGUUAUUCUGUCCAGCUGCCAGAGCUUGGUUGCUAUGGACACAAGGAAUACUCCGCUGGAGUGAGGAAUUAUGGGAAGAGGGACCCGAAAGAGAUGUUUGAUGUGUACUGUUUUGCAAAAGAACUGGAUGGUGAGGUGUUCCACUCUUCAGUCCCAGGCAGGUUGUCUCUAUCGUCAGCCUCAGACCGUUGCGUAUCCCUUGGGGGGCAGCUGGCCACGGUGGGGCAGCUUUAUUUGGCCUGGAGAGCCGGCCUGGACAGCUGCGCCCCAGGCUGGCUGUCUGAUGGCAGCGUCCGCUACCCGGUGACCUGGCCUCGCCCAGACUGUGGAGGGAGCCAGCCGGGAGUCCGCACCGUCACACCCAACAGCACUGCUGACAACACCACAGAACUAUACGAUGCUUACUGCUACAGAGGUAAAGUGAAGAAUACAGGCUCCAUCUCUCAGAUCUACACCUCCCUGUGGAAGCCCUGGAGCUACCUCACAGGCUCAAGUGAUACUGACUCUACAGGGACUGAUAGUCCUGACCUGACUACACAGCAAACCAUCACCACCAGAGGGCCCUCAGAUGUUUCACCUUCUAACUGGACAGGGUUGGUUGACCUUGAAGAGGAGACCGCGCUUUACAGCGCUGAUGCCGCUACAGAUCCCUGGUCCUCAGAGUCCUCAGAAUCCUAUGUGACCCUCCAACUAAUCCCUGGUCAGACCUCCUUAGACUGGGGCGAACCGCUGGAGCCUGGUCCUGAUUCAGAGGAGUUUCUCCGACCCCCAGUUCACCCAACUAUUGCUGAGAAGAAGGUGAUCUCAAAAAUUGUCAAGUCCAUUUGGAAGCCUUGGAACUACCUGGUGGGGACCGGAGAUGAGGAGGGAACGCAAGCACCAAAUGGACAGACGGGGGAAGAGGAGACAUCUACCAAAAAGAUGAGUGAAGAUGAGAAUGAAGAGUCAAAUUCGUCCAGUACAGCAUCACCAGGUUUGUUUUCUUGGGGAAGUUCGUGGUUCAGCAGUCCCUCAGGGGAGAACGCUACACCAGCCAGUGAAGACUCACCCACUCGUCUGGCAUCUUCUUUGGCCGCCUCCGGUAUUCCUAUGACUACAGAGAGCAUCAAGAGCUGGGAGAAUUCAGAGACCCACACGUCCACUGCCUCCAGCUCUGCACCUGAAAUCACCUCAUCCAGCGGGGAUACCUGGGUCCGUGUUGAAGCAGAGACCACAACCCAGCCGGCUGACAAGAGGGAAGAGACAGUGACCUCCAGAGCAAGCGGUAGAGGCAGAGGGAGGGGGAAGAAGAACAGAGGAGAGGACAGGAAUAGAGGAGAAGAGAAAGAGAGAGGAGAGGAGAAGGGGAAAGGGGAAGAUGAGGGGAGUGGAGAAAUCACCGGCGUAGAGGCAAAAGGGGAGAUACAAGUCUCACGACGACCAGUUGGAACAAGUAAACCAAGAGAAAGAUCCAGAGAAAGAUCAAGAGAGAGGGGUCACAGGAAAGGACAGUCCACCACCGCCACCACCACAACUACCACUACCACUGAUAGUCCUCUGGAGGCCACAGUGAUGACUACAACUGGGUCAGAAAGUGCUGACAUUUCCACGUUCAAAUCCUUGUCUGCUCUACCAGCUGAAACCCCAUCUCCAUCUAUCUCACCAGACCCAGAUCAAACACUGUCCUCAUCUCCAUCCCCAUCCCCAUCAUCCUCACCAACCCCGUCCGUCUCAACGUUUAUGCCCUUUUCUCAAUCAUCGCCAUCUCAGUCACUGUUUGAAUCUCAAUCUUCCUCCCCAUCCCCGACUCUUUCCUCUUCCUCCUCCCCCUCUCCAUCCACUUCCUUACCUUCAUCAACUCCCCAAACCCCAUCCUUCUCACCCUCAUCAUCAUCGUCACUCUCUUUCCAUUCCACCUCUCAAAUGGUUGGAUCAGGAGAUCCAUCUCCAUCUCCUUACUCAGACAACCAGGACAGCUCCACUAACCCCCUAACAUCUCUUCACUGGGUCCCAGUGGAAAAAGCAGGUCUGAACAGUUCUCUGGAUUAUCCUCCAUUACUGUCGGGGCCCCCUGAUGAAGAGGAGCCCGCUUGGUCUCACGCUGUGGGCUCAGGGGCCCUGUUACCUGGCAACAUGGAGGAGGAGAGCAGCAGAGGCUCUAAUGUCAGUACCAUAACUCUGGGCCCAACAAUCGAGGUGGAGCCCUGCGUGACAAACCCAUGUCUACACGGAGGAAAGUGCCUUCCUCAGGGAACAGGCUACAGCUGCUACUGCCCACAAGGAUACACUGGGGAGAACUGUGAGAUUGAUGUUGAUGACUGCCAGUCUGAACCAUGUGAAAAUGGAGGCACUUGCGUCGACAAGAUUGAUUCAUUUCUCUGCCUUUGCCUGCCCAGCUACGGAGGAGACACAUGUGAGAAAGACAUAGAAGGCUGCGAGCAUGGCUGGAGGAAGUUCCAUGGCCACUGCUACAGGUACUUCACCCACAGACACACCUGGGAGGAUGCAGAGAAAGACUGCAGAGAGCACAGCGCCCACCUCAGCAGCAUCAUCUCCGCUACAGAGCAGGAGUUUAUCAAUGGUCUGGGUCAUGACAACGCCUGGAUCGGACUGAAUGACCGCACAGUGGAGGAGGACUUUCAGUGGACUGACGGAAAUGAUCUGGUAUACGAGAACUGGAGGGAGAGCCAGCCGGAUAACUUCUUCGCAGGCGGCGAGGACUGCGUGGUGACCAUUGCCCAUGAGGAUGGCAAGUGGAACGACGUGCCCUGCAACUACAACCUGCCCUACAUCUGCAAGAAAGGCACAGUGUUGUGUGGGACUCCGCCCACAGUGGAGAACGCCCACUUGAUAGGUCGCCGGAGGUCACACUAUGACAUCCAUUCAGUGGUGCGCUACCAGUGCUCUGAGGGCUUCUACCAGCGCCACAUCCCCACCGCUCGCUGCCGGGCUGAUGGGAGCUGGGAGAGACCCAGGAUCAUCUGCACAAAGUCCCGGCGAUCACACCGGUACAGGCGCCACCACCACAAUCAGCACCACGAACGCCGCAACCACAGGAGACAUGGAGGAGAGGGACACAAGGCCAGAGAGGCUGCACACAGCUACUACUGA